AUGAAUAAAUAUUACAUCUUCGCUUGUGAACGUGACAUAGAGGAGUAUAGCGCGAAUAUUUCAACCUAUUCGGAAGAUUUCGAUCCAAGACCUAAAGUCUGGGUAGUACCUAACCUGGGUCAGCUUGCACUUCCAGAGGACAGCACGGCGUGGUUAACCAAUAUGUCCGGUCAACAGGGUGGAUAUGGACAGCUUCCUCCUAACAUGCAGCAGCAACAGAUGAUGUAUAAUCAACAGCAUAUGAUGGGGAGAACAAUGGCUCAAAUGGGAGUGCAGCGGCAGAUGUAUGCCCAAGAUUCUGGCAUGCCUCAAGGUCAAAUGCAGCAGCAAGGUCAAAUGCAAAUGCAUUUUGCACCUCAACAGCAACAAAUGCAAAUGGGCCAACAACAAAUGAAUCAGAUGCCACAACUUCAACAACAGCAACAACAACAACAGCAAGUGAUGGGACAUCAACAGCCUAUGCAGAUGGGUCUUCAACAACAACUCGGCGGUCAACAAAUGGGAAUGCAACAACAACAAAUGGUGCAACAGCAGCAGAUAGCUCAACAACAGCAACCAGUUCAACAACAACCACAUUCACAGCAAGGGCAACCGAUGGGCCAGCAAAGUAUGCUCUCGGGUCAAACACAGCUCGGGUCAAUGCUUGGAAGUUCAUUGGGAUCGGUAUCUCAGCAACACAUGCAAAUGCAGCAGCCGCGAAGCCCGAUGACAACAGGUUCGAUUGGACCGCAACAACUCACCCCUGGUGGUGGGCCAGGAUCGCAAGCACCUGGUUCAACCCUCGCAGUUGCGAGUGCUGGAGGUCCCACCUCCGUUGGACCUAUGUCGGUUCAACCACAUACUCCUAUGAAUCCAGCGUCACAACAAGCGCUCGCCCAGCCGUCAUCCGUUCAGCCAGGUCCAGCAUCUGUUGCUCCUGCUACACCUGCUAGUAAUCAGCCGGCUCCUCAAGCUUCUUCGGCAGUGGAACCCACUCACCCAUAUCUCCAAGAUCCUGUAGCACAUAGUAAACAGCUAAUUAUGAAGGAUCUGCGUUUUUCUAUUAUCGAUUUAAAUCGUCGAGCGGGUGAAGCAUUGAAAGAUCUUCGUGCUGGAAAUACUCCAUCGAAUUCGAAUGAGUAUCUCAAAGCUAUGGAUAAUCUUUUUGCAGUUUGCGAUGAAAUUGAAGGGAAUUUGAUUUUGGUUUGUGAAACUCAGAAGCAGAUGAGCAAAAUGGAAAAGAUUUUCGACAAAGAUGCAUUAAGAGCAGGGGAACAACAUAGGCAUGCGAGUGGCGAUGAAGAUUCUAGUACACAUUUAUCAGCUGUGAAUACUUAUAUUGACCAGACGAAGCAGCUACAAGCAGCUUUCGAUCGGGCAUUUUCUCACGUUGGCCGCACAAGGGAUCAUGGAUAUGGAAGAGUAGAGAAAUUAUGUGCAUCUCUCGUUGCAUUAACCGACGCAACGUUCCCCUCCGAAGACUUAUACUAA